AUGGCCAAAGAAAUGAGUGGGUCCCACAACACUCACUUUUGCUUUCCCCAGACUCUAGAUGCUAUAAAAAAGUUAUGUCCAAAAAGAGCUCUGUUAAUUGGGAUGACGCAUGAGUUUGAUCACCACAAAGACAAUGAAUUUCUCAAGGAAUGGUCAGAAAGAGAAGGGAUCCCUGUUCAACUUGCACAUGAUGGGUUGAGAAUCCCUGUAAGCCUUUAA